UGAAGGCAGAAGAAGGAGCAGAACCUGCUUAGACUGAAGAGAAAGAGCAAUGAAUUCCAAACAUCAGUAUGUACAGCUCAAUGAUGGCCACUUCAUUCCUGCACUGGGCUUGGGCACCUAUAAACCUCAAGAGGUUCCUAAUAGUAAGACAACAGAAGCCACCAAAAUAGCUAUAGAAGCUGGGUUCCGCCAUAUCGAUUCUGCUUAUUUUUACCAAGUAGAAGAGGAGGUAGGACUGGCCAUAAGAAGUAAGAUUGCAGAUGGCACUGUGAAGAGAGAAGACAUAUUCUAUACUUCAAAGCUUUGGAGCACUUUUCAUCGACCAGAACUGGUUCAAUCUUGUUUGGAAAGAUCACUGAAAAAACUUCAUUUUGACUAUGUUGACCUCUAUCUUAUUCAUUUACCAAUGGCAAUGAAACCAGGGGAAGAGCUGUUUCCAAAAGAUGAAAAUGGAAAAAUAAUAUAUGACUCAGUGGAUCUCUGUGCUGUGUGGGAGGCCAUGGAGAAGUGUAAGGAUGCAGGGUUGGCCAAAUCCAUCGGGGUGUCCAACUUUAACCGCAGGCAACUGGAGAUGAUCCUGAAUAAACCAGGCCUCAGGUAUAAGCCUGUCUGCAACCAGGUAGAAUGUCAUAUUUAUCUCAACCAGAGGAAACUGCUGGACUUCUGCAAAUCAAAAGACAUUGUUCUGGUUGCUUAUAGUGCCCUUGGAACUCAACGAGACAAACAAUGGGUUGACCAGAGCUCUCCAGUUCUCUUGGAUGAUCCAGUUCUUGGUGCCUUGGCAAAAAAACACAAGCGAUCCCCAGCUCUGAUUGCCCUUCGCUACCAGCUGCAGCGUGGAGUUGUGGUUCUGGCCCAGAGUUUCAAGGAGAGUGAAAUAAAAGAGAACAUUCAGGUUUUUGAUUUCCAGUUGAGUGCAGAAGACAUGAAAGAUCUAGAUGGCCUGAACAGAAAUUUUCGAUAUGCUCUCAUGAAGAUAAUGGCUGAACAUCCGAAUUUUCCAUUUGCUGAUGAUUAUUAACUCGGACAGCUAUGUGGUGACUACUGCUAAUACCAGCCCUUUGAAUGUGAUGCGUGAACUGGCCCAGAUGCUACUGACUGCACACAUCACCUCUGUUGUUAAUCCAUGCUUUUUACCAACACACAUUCUUCCAAAGUUACAUUCACCAGUUUAGUAAAGGAAGCACAAAAUUUUCAACAAUAUUUGAAAAAAAAAUAAAGUUGCUUUACUGAAGAGUC